AUGCCCAAUGAACCCCUCGUCAACUUCACCAAGCAUGGCCAUCACUUCCUCGUCACCAAUCCUGAUGAUGUGAACGAAGUUCGCUUCGUCGCUCGAGAACAGCUUAAGGUGUUCAUCCUCUACUCUCACGCCCUCCGCAACAAAGCUCCCUCCAAUCGCCCUGAUCCUCCUCUGGGGUACGAAUACUUCGUAUGGGCUUAUAACCACAAGGGCCUUGCCUCCACGGCCACCUUCAUCAACGACCAAGGUGUCGUUAAAUGUGAGGGGUCGUCUAUCGAAAUGAGCGACCUGUUGUGCGAUGAGGACGAAGACGUUACCUUAUCCACCUCAUGCAUGGACCAGGUGGAUCGUAUGGUCUGGCAUACCGCAGUGGCGGCUAUGCGCCAGCAUGAGAAGAUAGAGGAGCACCGUAUGAUGAACAGGAAGGGAAAGAACUUCAUGAAGAAGCACAACAGCAAGGUGAUGAAAGGACUUGGGGGGCUCAACAAGAAUCUCUCCACUACAACCUCUGGGAGCACGCCCACCGGCUCCUCCUCCUCCAACCUCGAGCCGAUGAACACCUCUGGUUGA